AUGGCGUUUGCUGAGACAAAUAUCAGUUUGUCCCAGCCGGAUAUCACGCAGAAAAUAACGGAGCGCAUAGAUGACCUGAAGCAAAAAAUCGCUGCUUGGGGGAGGCGGAUUCGACGAUUUACCGAGAGGUCAAGGCGGUUCAACCAGGAUCGUUUCUUCGAGAGUGAUCAGAAGAGGUUCUAUAAAUCAUUGGAGCGACCAGAGUUAUGUGGAGCGGGCUCAGGACCGGAUCAGGCUGACAUUAUCGCAUUCUGGCGUGGCCUGUGGUCAGAGCCCGUAAACCACAGCGAGGGCCCUUGGAUGGAAGUUGUGGCGAGCCAGGGUGCGAGUGUUACGCCUAUAGACCCCAUCACCAUAACGCCGGAAGACGUGGCUGAAGCGGUCAGUAGGGCCCCGAACUGGAAAAGUCCGGGGUGA